AUGGAAACCACACGCCCUUCGCCCCACGCACCACCACGCGCGCCCCCCGCGGAGCCCGAGAGUGCGAGGAAAUGGGGAGUAUCUUCUAGAACAGGUUUUAAGAAUGUUGCACUGUGUCAUACCCGGUUUCGAAAGAAGCCACAAUUUGGUACAAGAUACUUAACAGAUCCCAAUAAAGUUUUUCAGUUUAAUGCGUGGGACAAUGUUGCAUGGGAUGCAGAGCAGGAAGAACAAGCAAAACAAAAAGUCCACGAAAAUUCAUCUACUCAAGCCAGUUCAGAAGAGAAAGAAGAUUAUGAAGUAAAUGCUGCCAAAUAUUGGGAUGCAUUUUAUGAUAUUCAUCAAAAUAGAUUCUUCAAAGAUAGGCAUUGGUUGUUUACAGAGUUCCCUGAACUAGCCCCAAAUGUUCAAAAUCCAGAACAUCCUAUCAGUGUUCACUAUAGUGCGGAAACCCAAAAUGUUAAAACUGACUGUGGUACUAUUCAGAAUGAGUGCAAUACAACAAGUGAAUCGCAAGGCUGUAGAAUUUUUGAAGUUGGUUGUGGAGUAGGCAACACCGUGUUUCCAAUUCUUCAGUAUAAUAAUAAUCCUGAUGUAUUUGUUUAUUGUUGUGAUUUGUCAACAAAAGCAAUUGAUAUAGUAAAAAAUUCUGAAGACUAUGACCCGAAAAGAUGCCACGCAUUUGUGUAUGAUAUUGCAGAUGCAAAUGAACCACCACCAUUUGAGGAAAAUAGCAUAGACAUAGCCAUUCUUAUAUUUGUGUUGUCUGCCAUAGAACCUUCAAAAAUGAAAGAAGUGAUGCAGUGGUUGUAUCGGUAUUUGCGGCCUGGAGGACUUAUUGUGUUUCGGGAUUAUGGUCGCUACGAUAUGGCGCAACUGAGGUUCAAGAAGGGUCGGUGCCUAAGUGAAAAUUUUUAUGUCAGAGGUGAUGGGACUCGAGUUUACUUUUUCACCCAAGAUGAAUUGCGAUCGCUUUGUACUGAAGUCGGAUUUGUUGAAGAACAGAACAUUGUUGAUCGAAGAUUACAAGUCAAUCGUGGAAAACUUCUGAAGAUGUAUCGGGUUUGGAUUCAGGCCAAAUAUAGAAAACCUCAAGAAAUCCCUACUAAUCCUCAACAACAUUCUUAAUGUAUAUAGAGUAUUUAAGAUCAACUGGAAAUUAAUUUUGGAGGAGGAAAAUAAAUGAUCUUCCACAAAAUUGGUAGUGAAUUUAUAAAUACUAUUCACAUUUUAACAUCACACGUGAACAGAUUUGCUUUGAGGAUUUAAUCCUUUAAUUUCUAAUGGUAAUCCUUGAAUAUAAGGAACAAUCCUCAAAAUACAUCUGUUCAAGUAUGCUGUUUAAAUGUGAGUAGUUAAUGUAAAUGUACUAUCAUUUUGUGGAUAGUUUCUACUUUUUCUCUUCUUAUAAAGGAUUUGGCAGAAAUCGUGGUUUUCAGUGAGGAUAAUUUUGGUUUAAAAUUUUUUGUGUGGUCCAUCCAGGUUUCAGUACAAAUUGUAAAUAUAAGCAUGUCAACUGAUGUAAUAUUCAUGACUGCAUUUUCAGUUGCCUCACAUACAUGAGAAAUAUGUUUGUGGGAAAUAUUUUAAACUAAUUGACAAAUACCUUUGUAUAAAGAUUGUAUGAGACAGACAAAAUUGAUUUUUGUUUUUUAAAUUUUUUUACUUCACAAUUUUAAGUAUUCUAUUGUUUAUAAACAGAAUGUUUUUGAACUGAUAAGUAAAUAAAAUUCAAUAUAAUAAAUUAGUUCAGGAAACUUAUUUGGCCCUAUUUAAGAUGAACCAUUUCUUGAAAACUAUUGCAUUUAUUAAACCAUUAUUG